AGAGUACUUAGUGUCAAUGCAAAUCUCUAAUAAUUCUGAAGAAUUUGUCCAAUUUUGGAAGAACCAUUGUAGCCAGAGAAACAUACAUCCUACAGAUUGGUCUAAUGGAGUCUGUGAUACAGAAAUCACAAGAUAUUUCUCAGUAUACACAAUCAUUUCCGGAUACGAAAAUGAAUCUUGGGAUUUGGUUUUAAACAAGAAAAAAUGGAGCAUACUUAUACUAAUUUUGUUGUCAGAGAAGUAUAACAUUUUAUACGAAGCGAAAUUGCUGGAAGAGAAAGUUGAACAAAUACAACAGACCUUUUUCACACUGAAUGGCUCAGACGACGGAAUAUCCGAAAAUGCGUUGCUUUUACAAGAAUUGUUAAUCAAGGAUGAAAUACUAACAUUGAAUAGAGAGAACAAGACACUAGAGUUUAAAUCAGAGGAUAUCCGUCAUCAGGUGAUGGGAUACUUUGUUAUGAACUGCUUAAAAACCGAUGAGGACUAUAACAACUACAUCCAACUCUCGUCCUUGGAUUCAUUGUUUGAUUAUGUCCGUAUAUUCAGGUAUGAAAGGGAAAAACAAGAAAGGUGUGUGUUCUUACCGAGUACGAUGGAGGAGAUACUAGUUAGGAGGAUUGGAAUAGACAUCGUAAGGCACGUCACAUUGGAAGAUGACGGGAUGAAAGACACUGUGUGUGUUACUUUAAAUAUUCCAAAGGAGAUUCUUUAUUGGGACUACGAUGCAAGGUGCAGGUACGUACAAUGUGCAAAGAAAGGAACACAAAUGAUGCACAGAGCUCGUGCUAUGAUUGUUGGAUGUGCUGGUGCUGGAAAAACUACCCUGCUAAAACGACUAGAGAAGAGAUCUUUUGAGGAAUUAAAACAAGUUCAAUCAACAGUAGGUCUAGAAGUGCAUGAGGAUAUCUUUGAAAUUCUGGAGGACAAAAAUUUCUUAAGAGCCGUGACAGAAGACACAGAGAAGGAAGGAAAACAACUGUUGAGUGUCAUGGAUUUUGGAGGACAGUGUGCCUACUACGCCUGUCAUCAGGUGUAUCUCAGCAGAAGAGCUUUCUAUCUCCUAGUGAUAGACAUGUCAAAGUCAUUUGAAGAAAAAGUCGACCCAGCGCAGUGUGAACAGGAAGGGACUAUGUUUGCUGAUUGGACAUAUGGAGAAUACCUCCUGUUUUGGCUGAAGUCGGUGCACACCUAUUGUGAUAGUGAUGCGCCUGUUAUCAUUGUUGGAACUCAUCUGGACAGAGUUAAAGGGAAGAAUUCUGAUGCUUUCUAUAACAAUAUACUGGAUCAACUACAGUUUAACAAACAUUUGAAAGCACACCUGGACAGAAAAAGAUGUUUUGUUCUUGGCUUUCAAACAGAUAGCGAAUCUUCUAUCGAUACUCUAUCAGAAUUAGAGAAGUGUAUAGUUACAAUUGCCAGAGACGAUAAAUGGAAAGAAACCAUCCCUACCGACUGGGCUUUGUGUGAAGUUGUAUUUAGAGAAAGCAGAAGACGGGAAAUAAGAAUGACUUCGCUCACAGAUUUAUCAUCAAAAUGUUUCGGUGAAAACAAAGAAAAAGGUGCUCAAAUCAGAGACAUUUUAAAAUUUUAUCAUGACAUAGGUGUCAUACUUUACUUUAAUGACAGAAAUCUUUCUGAAACGGUCAUUAUUGAUAUCCAGUGGUUUAUAGAUUCCUUCAAGAAUAUUAUUACCGACCCAAACCACGUUAGGGAUAUUGCAGAAAAUUCCGUGGAUUGGUGGAAUUUUUACAGAAGUGGUCAUAUUCUAGACAGACUCCUUACAGGCAUAUGGAGUAAUAGACAUUUUAAAAUGGAUCUCUGGAACAGAAAUCACGAAAAAACCAACCUUCUCCAGUAUAUGCAACGUCUUGGUCUGAUAGCUGUAGGUACCUACGCACACUACAUUCCCUGUAUGAACAAACGUGCAUUUGGAAUUUCAGAAGAAUGUUAUUUUCAAUCUCUACAAAGCAAAACAUCCGUAUUAGUCUUUCGAUUCCAAUUUUUGCCAUGUUUUUUCUACUAUCGUCUUAUCGUUGCCUGUUUGACGAGGACCAAUGGAGAAUGGACGGUUUUGGAAGACAGAGGACUUUGUUUAUACAAGAAUGUGGCUUGUUUUGCCUAUAAAGAACAUGUUGUGGCUUUAGCAGUAAACAAUUCUUCAAUUCAGGUUCAAAUUUUUCAACCCAGCAAUAUCUUUGUCAUAAAAGAAGUGGCAUUGGAAGUGCGCUAUACUGUUGAAAGGUUAUUAAAAGAACUUUUAGGGAAUUUCCACAAGAAAGUUGACAUGUACACUGUUGGAUAUCAGUGUAGUAAUCAGGAAGUGUUUCGAGAACACGAUGACUGCUUUGUAGAAGAGAAAGAUAUUUACAAAAAAGGGAAAAUUAGAUGUCCAAAACACGGAAUGAUCAAUUAUCAUGUAUUAAGUGAAUCAGCUCUUCUGGUUUACUGGAAAAUGGAUGUUAUAGCGGAGAUUUCAGAUUUGGAUGACCUCAUGGAUCAAGAUGAAUGUACCCGUCUAUCCGAACCUGAAUUGAGAAAACUGAAUUUCAAGUCUUUCGAAAAGCUUACAAAGAUAGGAAGAGACGCUCUGCAGCUUUAUUUUGACAGAAUAUUUCCACCUCUAGACCUUGUAACAACACUUACUACGAACAAAGACAGUCUGCAACGUGGACAGUUUAAAAUGAACCAAGAUCAGUGUACUCUGCUUUUUCCAGCUGAUAAAUCAAUUCCCACUUCAUCCACAUUUGACGUAACCAUAAUGUAUAAAUUGUUGAGGAACUGUGGUCCAAACCUCCUUCCACCAACCAAUGGCUGGGGAAAAAAACCUGAAAUAGGACAAAAACUCCCCACUGAUGACGUAGAUGGAAUACGAAUAUACAGGAAUGAAGUGGAACAUAAAACACAGACAACCAACAUCAUGGAGAAAGACGACUUUGAUCUAAAAUGGAGAGAUCUUUCUCAGGCAAUACUGAGACUUAGUAAUGGAUCAUUAAAGCAAGACAUCAUGUCCCUCAGACGACAGAGAUAAAAUGAUCCGAGUGACAUCGCUGGAGUUUAUUGAACAAAGACAUUCACUUCUAUUAUCUCAAAACCGGAUGAAAAAGUAAAUAGCAGGUCAACCUUUUGAAUUAGUGUGCUUCACCUUAAGUUGAUGAAUAGUAAUGAAGUUAAAAAGGAGGGGAUUUAUUUUUAGUAAGAACACCUGAUAACACUGUGAAAAAGUUUAUGAUCAUUGGAGUCACUGUUCGUGGACAAUUAAAGUCAACUACUUCAUGAGGAUGCAGUUUCGUAUUUUGAGCAUGCAAUGCAUCGACUCGUUGGGAACAUCUUAGCUUUGUUCCGAUGACCCACGUAGUCCAAGAACAUUGAAAAUUUCUGCGUCUGUAUUGGAAAGCGUCUUACAAAGAGAGUUAUGUUUUACGUUUAGUGAUUUGUAGCUUACAUGUAGAAUGUGUUGAUAAAGUAGCUUACAAACUCAUUCAAUGAAAGACGUAAACAUCAGAGGCUAAGUUAUAUUCAUUCUUGUUUUACUGAUGUGAGAUCGUAGUAAAAUAAAAAAUCGGUGCUUUACUCUUUUAUGCCCUCUAUGUAAUAAAUUGUAUGGUGUACUUUUCUGAACAAAGCAAUAAAAUGUUUAAAUUUAUUUAAAAACAAUGCUUAGAGGAAGUAAAAAAAUAUAUGAAUAUUUUGAUAUAAUCAGAUGUACAGAAAUCUUGUCCAAUAUGUAAUAUAAAUAAUUUCUUACUCU